CUUAAAGGCUUUAAUUGCAUCAAGAAGUUCUUCACCUUUCAAUCAUCUGUAUCUGAAGCAUGGCGCAGCUACUGCUGCUGGGAUCGCUGUGGGUUGUGAUUUUCCUGGGCUCAUCUGUCCCUAAUAUCGAGUCCUCGGAGUACAACCCAUUUCCUGGCAUCACCGACGAGAAGUUCAUCGACGACUGUGUGAGGAUACACAACGACAACCGGUCCUCUGUGAAUCCACCAGCCAGAAAUAUGCUCUACAUGACGUGGGAUGAGGGCUUGGCCAUCACUGCAAGGGCCUGGGCGAGACACUGUGAUUUCCAGCACAAUAUCUACCUGAAAGAGGUCAGUCGGGUCCACCCUGUCUUCUCCUCCGUGGGAGAGAACAUCUGGGCAGGAUACCCGCCCUCCAUGUUCUCCGUCAUGAAAGCCAUGGAUUUAUGGGUCAAAGAAGUUAAAGAUUACUCAUACCAAAGCAAUAAGUGUACACCAGGAAGAAUGUGUGGCCACUACACACAGGUUGUAUGGGCGACGAGCUACAAGGUUGGGUGCGCCGUCCAAAUAUGCCCGAAUGGUGUCGACAGGACUUCGUUUCCUAAUAAAGAGGGAGCCAUAUUUGUUUGUAACUAUGCCGAAGCGGGAAACGUGGUUGGUAUUUUACCAUACCAGAAUGGGAUGGAAGAAUGCAGCUCUUGUGAAGGUGCAAACAAUCAAUGCCAAGCCAAGCUCUGCCACAAUCCAAAACGAGACCAACAGAAAAGUUACAGAUGGACUCCCGACUGGGACCCCGCCCUGGCCACCUGUGGCCCCUCCUGCAUGGCCAUAUUGGCCAUCCGACCCCUGGUCCUCCUCCUCACCUUUGUCGCCGUAUUUGGAGUACACAGAUUGUACCCAAGCAUUUUUUUUUACGAAUAGCUCAGCUGUUUAGAUGAUUGAUUGUCCUGCACUGACGUUGUCAUUGUAGGCAUGCCUUUCUCAAUAUGGUCCUGACUUUUUAAAAUUGCCACAGAGACUCAAACCAAAUUCCCAUUGUGGUACAAUAAAGUGAACUACUACUAAUACUAAAAUGUA